GCGAAGCCAAAAAGCUGAAUAAAAAGAACAAAGGAGGGGCACAUAGUCUAGAACCCAGGAUCCAUGGCAGAAGAACUUACGAAGCCGAGACGUCUGAGAGGUCACAAGGCGACUGCCACAUGCUGCAUCGCCUCGCGUGACAGGCCCGGUGUGGUCGCAACUUCUGGCGAGGAUGGUUGCAUAUGCUGGUACGAUCUGAGGUGCAAGGAUGCAUUAUUUACCAUGGAUCUGGGGAAGAAACCUAUUUCUUCUAUAUGUUUCAGGCCAGGAAAUGAAGAUGUUGUUUAUGCAUCCUCUGGCACAGAAGUGAUGUGUCUUGAUGUUCAUCUGGCAUCUUCAUGGAAGCCCUUGAACAGUUACAACUAUAACAAGGAUGAAAUAAACCAGAUAGCAUUCAGUUCUAAGUCAUCAUUUCUUGCCGCUGCAGAUGAUAGUGGUGACAUAAAGAUAAUGGAUAUCCGCCAGCAAUGUCUUUACAAAACAUUACGAGCUGGCCAUUCAAGUAUUUGUAGCAGUGUGCAAUUCGUUCCUUGGAGGCCUUGGGAAGUAAUUACUGGUGGUCUUGAUGCAAAGCUUGUAAUGUGGGACUUCUCAAAAGGGCGACCAUGCAAAAUUAAGGAUUUUGGCAUGCACAACGUGGACAAUCAUGGUAAUGAAGGUCAAUGUUUCAAUCCAGCUUUCGUUCACGCACUAGUUAUUCCUGACAUGGAUAUGCUGGAGAAAACCGACAAGAUUUGUGUUGUUGCCAGAGGUGAUGGUGUUGUUGAUGUGAUUGAUAUUGAAUCUGAGCUUGCUAAUGUGAAGUUAAAAGGUUCCUUGCAGCACCGAAAAGGAUCACAAUCUAAUUCUAAAGCCAGCACAUCAACUUCAAAUACUGCAUCCCUCGAUCAAAAUAGAGGAAGUAGUUUUCAUUUGGAUUAUGCUUUGGGAGGGCAUACUGCUGCUGUAUCAUGUGUGGCUUUCUCGUUGUUCGGGGAGAGAGGAAAAUAUAUAGUUUCAGGUGGAAAUGAUGCAAUAGUUAAAGUGUGGGAUUGGUCUAAACAUCUUGAUGCUGGACAAAACAACAGCAGUACUAAUCUUCUGACUCUGAACAUCAACUUGAAGAAAAAAGUCAAUUGGCUCUGUACUACUCCGAAUGACUCAGAAAAUCUUCUUGUUUGUGACACAUCCAAAGUGGUAAAGGUUUACUCCAUUUCAUAGAUCAAACUCACAUGAUUAUGAUCCUGUUGUGGGGCUUGGAAGAGUACUUUUGCUUAGCAUUUCUGAACUCCUUCACUUGGGGUGUCAAUCUGUAGCUGAGAACCACUGCAGGCUUUGUUCCAUUGGCUUCGGCUGUUUGUUGCCGCAAGAGAAAAUGGUGAAAAAGUCGGGACCGCGAUCUCAUCCAUUACUCAUGUCAGUACAAGGUGGGUACAGAUUGGCAGCAGAUGUCAUUUUUCAUAUUAACAUCAAAUUCUUCCCUCAAAAUGCGCUUUGUGUGAUUGACUGUUAUCCGCAUGGGAAUUGAGUUCGUAAGGCAUUCAGGGAGCUCACAAAAUGUUAAAUUGCAAACAGUUGAUGUAUUUGUAACCACUUUGAUGGCCAAAACAUGAAGUCUUGAGCAUGGUAGAAUGCAAAAUAGUGGAGUAUAGGUCCGGUGCCAGUAGGUUUGCCUCCCUUUUGAUUGAGAUUGGACAAAACAGUAAUGUUGUAUCAAGGAUAUGUGAAGAAGACGAAAAAAAUAUUGGAACAGCUUUUGGUCU